UGAUAGAGAUCAAAAGAAGGAAUCUCCCAUCGUAGAGAGCUGGGCCCCUAUUUCCAUCCCAACCUCUCUCGCUCUUCCGUUCUCUCCCUUUUCUCGACUCGUCUCUGUUUUCGCCGAGAGCUUCGUCGCCGUUCCGAUCCUUCUUCUAUUCGCUUAUCGUCGCUUCGAUUCAUCGCACCGCGAAUGGUCGGUUCCUCGUAUGCCUCUUGAUUGUUUCAGAUUCUUCUAUUUGGUUAUCAGGUGAUCGUGGUCGAGUAGAAUGGAUAUUGAUGAGGUGCUGUGUGGUGUCCGAGUUGUAAACCUUCCCGCAAAGAGUGCAAUCUAUGUAUGGGGAUACAACCAUAGCGGGCAGACGGCAAGAAAGGGCAAGGAAUGCCAUCUGAGAAUUCCCAAAAGCCUCUCUCCAAAGCUUUUUAAAUGUGGACUGGAGAAUCUGCGGUGGCUGGAUAUUGCUUGCGGUCGUGAGCACACCGCAGCUGUAGUCUCUGAUGGGUCAUUGUUCACGUGGGGUUCAAAUGAUUAUGGUCAAUUAGGAGAUGGAACUGAGGAGAGCACGAAGCAACCGAAAAAGGUUAAACUAUUGCAAACUGAAUUUGUGAAAGCUGUGUCGUGUGGAGCACACUGUACAGCUGCUAUUGCAGAACCCCGAGAAAAUGAUGGCACAUUAUCUAGAAGUAGACUUUGGGUGUGGGGACAAAAUCAGGGUUCGAAUCUUCCACGCUUAUUUUGGGGGGCCUUCACUCCAAACACAGUUAUUCGUCAGGUUUCUUGCGGAGCAGUUCAUGUUGUAGCCCUAUCUGAGGAUGGCCUUCUUCAAGCAUGGGGCUACAAUGAGUAUGGUCAGCUCGGCAGAGGCUUCACGUGUGAAGGACUACAGGGAGCUCGUCUAUUGAGUGCUUAUGCUAAGUUCCUAGAUGAACCUCCUGAGCUUGUGAAGAUCAUACAUGUGUCAUGUGGGGAGUACCACACUGCUGCAAUCUCAGAAUAUGGCGAGGUGUACACUUGGGGGCUAGGAAGUAUGGGGCAGCUUGGACAUUGCUCCCUUCAAUAUGGAGAUAAAGAGCUACUUCCAAGACGAGUGGUUGCUCUUGACAGUAUAGUCAUCAAGGAUGUUGCUUGUGGUGGUGUGCAUACAUGUGCUGCAACUGCAGAAGGUGCCCUCUAUGCGUGGGGUGGUGGGCAAGCAGGGCAGUUGGGUCUGGGCCCCCAAAAUGGCCUCUUCUCGUGCACACUUAAUGGGUCUGAGAUGCUGCUCCGUAAUCUCCCAGCAUUUAUCAUACCAUCUGGGGUGCAACUUGUGACUUGUGGUCAUUCUCACACCCUUGUCUCCAUGAGGGAUGGGAGGAUAUAUGGAUGGGGCUAUAACAAUUAUGGCCAGGCAGCGAAUGAUAAAUCUACUUACGCGUGGUACCCUUCUCCUGUUGAUUGGUGUGUGGGAGAGGUGAGAAGAUUGGCAGCAGGUGGUGGUCAUUCAGCUGUUUUAACAGAUGCUUGCUCGUUGAAGGAAUUGUGUGAGUUCAAGCUUGCUGAGAGUGUCAAUCUGUCUAAUGCUUUCCUAAUUGAGGACGUUGCAUCCCGGACAGGUGCAGAUUCCUUGUCACGCCUGUGUGAAAGAUUAAGGGAACAUUUUCUUAAUCAAAUUGACUGUGACUGCGAAGAGAACGUGGACACUGACUAAAUGUACUCUCUGCCACAUUCAUCAUUCUAUACACGGUAUGAUUUAUUUUUAUAAGUACAUUAGUUAGAAAUAUAGACUCAUUUUUUUAAGUUGUAUUUUCCAAGUAAGCUACGGACAAUGAAACUGCAUGUUGUCUCUUGUUAAUUAUCAUGUGCAUUUAGGAAAGAAAGGAUAGAACUGUCUCUGUCUCUCUCUCUAGCCUGCAAACAUAAUAUGGCGUAGCUAGUGGGAUUCUUGUGACUGCUUGCACUGCUGAUAACUUGCAUUUUUAUUAGUAAGGUAUUGCAGUCAUUUAAUUUCUGUAAGACAUGGAAAAAUAGAGCUAAGCAGUUAUUAGCAUUUCAGUAUGCCAUCA